AUGGCGACCAGAUCGUCCGCGCUCCAGCUCCUCUGGCGGCUGCUUUUGCUUGCGAUAGCCGUAAGGCCUGUGUGGUCAGAGUUAGAAUGGUCGAUCCAACAAGCGGAAAAUGUCCAUGGCGAUGAUCGAUACUAUUUGGAAUAUGUCUGGAAAAGACCUUCGUCUGUUGAAACGGUCAGGUUGCUAGAUGGUUCGGAUGAGGGAGCCUUGAUGUCGAAUGAAAAUGCUGGGCGAAUGCUGAGAUACGUCAACCGUUUCGACACCGUUGCUGCUUGUCAGCGAACAAUUCUGGAAAAUGAUAAUCUAUGGCGCUGUCCUUUGCCAUCAGACCUGUGGGACAGCUUCGCCACAGGCGACGACCUCAGCAAGAUAUAUAAUCGUCCUGACUUGACAAAAGACGAAGAGACGUUGGUCCAACUCAUGAGCGACAACUUCUUCAAGUGGUACCUCGAAGAUGACAAGGCCAAACUAGCCAAAUUCCAUUUGGUUAAGGCUGACCCCAUCACCGAGUUCCUGGCUCAGGCCUUUCGACAAGGUAAAGGCGCUGAUUUUACAAAAGCCGCUCGCAAGUUACUCCUCAAAAAUGACUACAAAGGCCAAGACAUAACGAAGGAUUUGAACCUAUGGCAGUCUCACUACACGAUGUCUGAUAAUUUCCUGGGGAUGUUGAAAGCUAUUCCCGGGAGUCAGGGCUUGAUGAACCGAAUGACCAAGCUAGACGGAUCGAGGCUCGAGAUGCUGGUCAACUUCAAACGCAACGACGCGUUGUCUGUUACCGAUAUAUAUCAAGGCCUGCAGGACACGAGCAAGAGCGGCCAGGCAGCAACAGCAGCGGCUGCGUCCUUGGGAAUCGGUGGUGUUGAUAGGGGGUUCGCUUCCCGGGGUUUCAUCUACGUUAUCUACUCCCAAUCCGGUCGAAUACUGUCAUUACUCAACAGUAAGGCCGAGUAUCGUGAAGUACUCUUCGUGGAAGGCAUAGCUGGAGAGUUCAAGGUUCUAGGUUAUCAGAAGCUACUAGGGUUCAAAGACAAGCAGAAGAUCUAUAAGGAGGGCCAUUACGCUGUUUUCUGGUUGAUGGAAGCCGGUGUAGGGAUCAAGGACAACAAGAAGCUACUUUCUGAUCUCAAAAAGGAGGUUAAGCUUUGA